GAUCCAACAUUCCUUCAUUUCUUUCAAUUUUUUAUUCUCUCAUUUUGUGCGCUUGUUUUUUGUUAUGCGGAAAUAUGUUUCUCUGCAUUAGUUUGGUGUUUGUGAGUUCAUGAAGGUUUGGCGUUCUAUUUAGCGUUUUCCGUUAACGCACUGCAUUGUUUUCGUGUGUUGAGUUUUUGGAAUCUGGAGCUACUGAGCAGAUUUGUUUGAAAGCUUUGUUCUCUUUUUAUUUGUUUUGUGGUUGAUUUGGAUAUGGAUGCAUGCACAAAUAGUUUAGAUGAAAUAUGAUUUAACAUUGAAGAAUAGAUUUUGUAUUUUGUCGAAUCAAAUUAUGAUUUGAGAGAUUGGUUGAUGAAAAUUUAGUUGCAUUGUUAGUUAUGUUCAAUUUUGUGUUUAAAACUUAGGCAUCUAUGAUCGGGCUCCUCUAAGGAUAAGUUGAGUCACCGAAGUAACGGAAAAUAGUAAUAGACGCGGGACUUAAAAUUUUCUAUUGCCUGUCUUGUAUUGGUACUGAUGAUGGUUUGUUUUGAGUUCUUCCUUCCAAAUAAGAUUGCCGUCGCAGUCUUGUAUUGUUCUGCCCUGCAUAUAAAUUUAUGUUCAAGGCUAAAUUUAGAAACUUGAUUUUUGGUUUCGUUUUUUACUUUUUCCUCCACUAACGUGAAUGGUAAAUUCUAUUAAUGAAUGUUUCAUUAUGUCCGUAGUAGUGUUAGAUAACUAUAAACGGGUGAUCUAGUGCACGAGGCUCUCACCUAUUAGGGUUUGGGGUAUGUGCAGGAAGAUCAUAAACUGAGAGGCUAAUCCCGUGAUCUUCAAGUCACAGGCAAAAAUCUUACUGUUGCACAGAGGCUUACUCUUUUGUUAAAGGGCCAUACUGUUUAAAAUUGUUAUUCAUUACUAUUUGAAGUAUUUUUUUUGUAUAAGAAGGGCUCUCCUUAGAAGUUGUUUCUUUAUGUGUGAUCCUAUGAGCAAAAAUUGGUGGCGAACCAUGGGAGAAUCUACGUAUGCGUAGAGAAUUGUUGCUCUUUCAGGUCAAGAGUCCUGUUAAAUGCCGAAAAAAGCCCCUUCCAGAGAACAUUUGUUAACCAGGUAAAGCGAUGUGCAGAAAUGUCAAGAAAGCUACGAUUCUUCAAGGAUCAAAUCAAUAAAGCUGGUCUAGUGGCUUCUCCUUCGGUCUUGCAAUCAGAUAUUCACCUGGAGGAUUUAGAGAUACAACUUGCUGAGCAUGAACAUGAGCUAAUUGAAAUGAACUCUAACAGUGAGAAACUUCGGCAAUCAUAUAAUGAACUGCUGGAGUUCAAGAUUGUAUUAGAAAAGGCAUGUAGUUUUCUUGUUUCAAGCCAUGGUGCUGUCAUUUCAGAAGAGCGAGAAUUGGAGGAGAAUGUUUUCUCAAAGGGAAACUAUGUCGAGACGCCAUUUUUAUAUCAACAGGAAAUGACACCUGCACCGUCAGAUCAAUCUGGUUUAAGAUUUAUCAGUGGGAUAAUUUGUAAAUCCAAGGUUCUUAGAUUUGAAAGGAUGUUGUUUCGAGCUACGAGAGGGAAUAUGCUUUUCAAUCAGGCACCAGCUGAUGAACAAAUCAUAGAUCCUAUUUCAUAUGAGAUGGUUGAGAAAAUUGUCUUUGUUGUGUUCUUCUCUGGGGAGCAAGCAAGAACAAAGAUCCUGAAAAUUUGUGAAGCAUUUGGUGCAAAUUGUUACCCUGUCCCUGAAGAUAUAAGUAAGCAGAGGCAAAUAACAUCAGAGGUAUCGGCACGCCUUGCAGACUUAGAGGCAACUCUGGAAGCUGGAAUUAGGCAUCGGAACAAGGCUCUAGCUUCUGUAGGAGGCCCUUUAACAAUAUGGAUGGACAUGGUAAGAAGAGAGAAGUCUGUGUAUGAUACACUGAACAUGUUAAACUUUGAUGUCACCAAAAAAUGUCUUGUUGGAGAGGGCUGGUGCCCUGUAUUUGCAAAAACACAGAUUCAGGAGGCACUGCAACGUGCAACUUUUGACAGCAAUUCUGAGGUUGGCAUAAUCUUUCAUUCAAUGGAUGCUCUGGAAUCACCACCUACAUAUUUUAGGACCAACAUUUUCACAGGUCCAUAUCAGGAAAUUGUUGAUGCAUAUGGUGUUGCAAGAUAUCAAGAAGCAAAUCCUGCAGUUUAUACAGUUAUUACAUUCCCUUUUCUUUUUGCGGUGAUGUUUGGCGACUGGGGUCAUGGAAUUUGCCUGUUGCUGGGAGCAUUGGUUCUUAUAGCACGUGAGAGCAAGCUCAGCACCCAGCGCCUUGGAAGCUUUAUGGAGAUGCUAUUUGGUGGGCGCUAUGUGCUACUUUUGAUGUCUCUAUUUUCUAUUUAUUGUGGGUUAAUAUACAAUGAAUUCUUCUCUGUUCCUUAUCACAUAUUUGGUGCCUCUGCUUACAAAUGCCGAGAUAAUACAUGCAGGGAUGCACAUACUACUGGCUUAGUAAAAUAUCGAGAACCAUAUCCAUUUGGUGUGGAUCCCAGCUGGCGGGGAAGUCGAUCAGAAUUGCCUUUUCUAAACUCUCUCAAGAUGAAGAUGUCCAUUCUGUUUGGUGUGGUGCACAUGAACUUGGGAAUUAUAUUAAGUUAUUUCAAUGCUCAUUUCUUUGGCAGCUCACUGGAUAUAAGGUACCAGUUUGUGCCCCAGAUGAUUUUCCUUAAUUGUUUAUUUGGAUAUCUAUCCCUUCUCAUCAUUGUUAAGUGGUGCACUGGCUCUCAGGCAGAUCUUUAUCAUGUAAUGAUUUACAUGUUUUUAAGCCCUUUCGACAAUCUUGGUGAGAAUCAAUUGUUCUGGGGUCAAAGACCACUUCAAGUUGUGUUGUUGCUUUUGUCUGUAAUUGCAGUUCCGUGGAUGCUCUUUCCAAAACCUUUUAUGUUAAAGAAGCUUCAUAAUGAGAGAUUUCAAGGACGCACUUAUGGUGUGCUUAAUUCCUCUGAGGUUGAUCUUGAGUUGGAACCAGGUUCUGCCAGGCAACGUGACGAUGACUUCAAUUUCACAGAAGUCUUCGUUCACCAAAUGAUUCACUCCAUUGAGUUUGUCCUAGGUUCAGUUUCAAAUACGGCCUCAUAUCUACGACUUUGGGCAUUAAGCUUGGCUCACUCAGAACUUUCUACUGUUUUUUAUGAGAAAGUCCUGCUACUUGCUUGGGGGUAUGACAAUCUUAUCAUUCGGUUGCUCGGACUAGCUGUCUUUUCCUUUGCAACUGCCUUUAUACUAUUAAUGAUGGAGAGUCUCAGUGCUUUUCUUCACGCGUUGCGUCUUCACUGGGUGGAAUUUCAGAAUAAAUUUUACCAUGGCGAUGGAUGCAAGUUCAAGCCUUUUUCCUUUGCUUCCUUAACAGAGGAUGAAAGUUGAUCCAUUCUUGUCUGUCUUGGAACACUGUUGGCAAAUAUGUGCAAAAAGCAUAUAUACAAAAGUAGAAGAAGGAACACAAUUAGAAAUUGUGGGAUCCUAUUUAGUGGCGAUAACCCAGCAACAAUAUUCUGGCUCAUUUUCCCAUGGCUAUGCUGGUGUGACAGAUUUAGACCAACAGUAAUGAACGGCAUCUGUAACAGAAUAUUUACUUUCUAAUUUUUCUUUUUCUUUCUUAGAGUAGGAGAAUGGGAAGAGAUUAGGGAACGGAAUGGUUAGACUAAUUUUGUAAAAAGAAAUCCAUCAUAGUUUUUCUAUUGGUUAUUUGGGGUUACACAUACACACAUAAUGUAGCGCGGGCCUUCCUAGGAUACAGUCAUGUAGGCAUUUACUCUGAUUUUUUUUCUUGUAAUGAUUAAUGAUUAAUCACAAGUUAUAGAACCAUCUAUGUGAUCUUGUUUGGUAUCUGUGCCCUUCUCUAGCAAUAAAAUAAAGUGAUGUUCCAAAUAUCCUUUUUACGG